GGCACCUCUUGCCAGCUUUAUCAUAAAUAGAUUCAUUAUCCCCGCUUCAAUUCCCUACAACUCUUUACAAGCAACCUAUUUUCUUACCUACAGGCUGCAAAAUGUCUCUCGAAUCUUUACAAAAACGCCUUACCACCCUCCAAGAAACAACCUCCCACAUCCAAACGCUGAUAGCCCGGCUUGCCUCCUUCAAGUUCCCACCAGGCGCAAUACCUCUUAACCAAGGGUCUCUAGACACUGUCGCGACCGAGCUGAGCAACGAGAUCCACGACACCCUCAAAGAGCAAAACAAUGAUUUCAAGCUUCUAGAGCAAGAGAUUAAAGACUCGCCCGGCGGCAGGAAAGGAAGCGAUGCCGAGACCAACAAACUACGCCUACUUGAACGAGCCACAAGAACCCAACAAGAGCUGAAGCAGUCAGUCCACCUUAUAUCCCCAACCCAAAGAACCAUUCUAACAAUCCCCAGCGCCCAAUCCGCCUUCCGCAAGGCCCAACUAGCUGCAAAACGCAACCUCGAUCUCUCCCGUCGCGCCGAGCGCGAACUCCUCCUGCAAUCCCUAGCCGCCCUCCCUUCGCCCUCCUGCAACCAACCUAUUUCCCGCCGCCGCACACCUGCUGCCGAGCAGACACAAGAUGAGAAGCUCGUCGGGUCCGCAGGGGACGUCACAGCCGCGCUGCGCCAGGUCCACGCCUCGAUGACGAAUGAGCUCUCCCGCAGCCAGUUCGCGCACGAUACGCUGAAGGAGAGCGGCGCAGCGCUGGAGCAGCUGGGCGAGAGUUAUACGAGUUUGGAUAGCGUGUUGGCGAGCACGAAGGGGCUGCUGGGCAUGCUGCUUAAGAGCCAGAAGAGCGAUACGUGGUACCUCGAGACAGCGUUUUAUGUGCUGUUGGCGACUAUUUCGUGGUUGGUCUUCCGGCGGUUUAUUUACGGACCGGCGUGGUGGCUGGUGUAUUUGCCGCUGAAGAUGUUUUGGAAUGCGUGGAUGGGGGUGUUUACUGUGCUUGGGUUGAGGGGCGCGAGCUCGACGGUGUCGGUGUCGAGUCAGAGUGUGGGCACGAUGAUUAUGCCGGCGAGUGGGACGGUGGCGCAGGUUACGAUGAGCGGGACGGAUGCGCCGCAGGUUGUCAGAGGGGGUAGGGGGAACGCGAAACCUCCAAAGCCUCCACAAGAGGAUGACGAAGGCAGGCCGCUUGUAGAUAUUGUGGGGGAGAUGGCGGAGGACACGAGAGCACAGGGACAGGAGCAGCCGCAGGAGCCGGCGCAACCAGAGAGUAAUGAAGGCCAGCAACAAGAGGAGCAGGUGCAACCAAACCCGAAGAAACGGAUGUGGGAUUCGGAGGUGGAGGCGAGGAAGGAAGCAGAAGCGGAGCAGAAGAGGAAGGAUGAAUUGUAGU